AUGUUACAGGAUUUCUAUCGAGACUUGUCAUGUUUAAUGAAUUCAGCCUCAUUUUUUCAACUGGCUGCCAGUGAUACUCGGCCGAAAAUCGGUGGCCCAUGUUACGAUAUUGUGGAUUUCAUGAACUCCAGUACAAAGCUUUCAUCGUCAACAGCUGUCAUUCUGAUGGGAACGAGUUGUGAUAUCCAGGCAACUUCAACUGCUUUGAAAGGAAUAGAGAAUCAUGAACAGUUGAGUUUUUGGAAAGUGAAGGUCUGUAUAAACUGUACCUUCACCUCAAUACAAUACGUUACUGAAGAAGGCAAUCUGGUGCGUUUCGUUGCCUUGCCGGCUAUUCCCUAUUCGCGUCUCGUACCCAAUAUGGAGUCGGUACAUGCACUAGCAAAUUUAAUUACGGGAGCUCCACUCAAUGGAAAACUGAAAGGGCUAAUUUCAAAGUGGGAAAAAAGUGGCUAUAUCGCUGCCCUUGUCACGCUUCUGUUUCUGUUUUUCAUCAUAGCUUUGUUUAUUUGUUGUUGUGCUUGUGCUCAGUCAGCUCUUAUCAUCGAAGAUUUCAAUCAUCGUGAAGAAAUGGAGAUGAUAUGGAGGUUGCAGGAGAAUGAGCAACUGAACGCGGCCAAUCCACAGGCGGAAGCAGACAAUCUCAGUAUGCACAGCGAGGCCACACAAGGCAGUGUCGGGGCUGAAUCGGUAAACGAUUUCUGA